GUCAUGACGACUGGAGGCUCCGGGGUGGAAGUUCUGAGGCUGCGGGGAUUCGGACGUGGGGGACUGUGGGCCCUGGGUCUGAGCUAGCUCCUCUCCCAUGCCUCGUCGGUUCUACUGCGGGUCCCACCCUGGUCUUUUUCCGAGGGGCGGGACCCUCGGAGCCGGCCAGAGACCCGCUCUUGGCGGGGAACUGGGACGGCUACCAGGCGGGGCGCCCCGGACAGGCAGCAGCGGGGAGGGUUGGGCUGGCUGGGACGGAGGCGCCCACCUAACUUCCUGCUCGCCAUCUUGCUGGACUUGCCCGCAGCUGCCCCUUGCCGAGCCGUGCCAGCUGUGAGGGCCUGCAGACAUCAUGAGCGUGGGCUUCAUCGGGGCUGGCCAGCUAGCCUAUGCCCUGGCCAAGGGCUUCACCGCGGCAGGUGUCCUGGCUGCUCACAAGGUAAUGGCCAGCUCCCCAGACAUGGAACUGGCCACAGUUUCUGCCCUCAGGAAGCUGAGGACAUACCGGCCAGGCCCCAAGGUCAUCCGCUGCAUGACCAACACCCCAGUUGUGGUGCGGGAGGGGGUCACCGUGUAUGCCACGGGCACCCAUGCCCAGGUGGAGGAUGGCAGGCUCCUGGAACAGCUGCUGGGCAGUGUGGGCUUCUGCACAGAGGUUGAGGAGGACCUGAUCGAUGCUGUCACAGGGCUCAGCGGCAGUGGCCCUGCCUACGCGUUCACAGCCCUGGAUGCCCUGGCUGAUGGCGGCGUGAAGAUGGGGCUUCCAAGGCGCCUGGCAGUGCGCCUGGGGGCUCAGGCUCUCCUGGGGGCCGCCAAGAUGUUACUGGACUCAGAGCAGCACCCAAGCCAGCUCAAAGACAAUGUCUGCUCUCCUGGUGGGGCCACCAUCCAUGCCUUGCAUGUGCUGGAGAGUGGGGGGUUCCGCUCCCUGCUCAUCAAUGCUGUGGAGGCCUCCUGCACCCGUACACGGGAGCUGCAGACCAUGGCUGACCAGGAGACGGUCUCACCCGCUGCCAUCAAGAAGACUGUCCUGGACAAAGUGAAGCUGGACUCCUCUGCGAGAGCCUCCCUGUCCUCUUCGGACCGUGCCAAGCCAUUGGCCCACAGCCUGGCCCCAGCGGGCCAGGACUGACCAUCCUGGCCACCUGCCCCCUACCUUUCCUUCUUUUUGUCUUUGUUUUUGGGAGAUGGUGUCUUCACCAUGUGGCCCACCUUCUGGGCUCAGCGGUCUUCCUGCUCAGCUUCCCAAGUGCUCGCUAGGACUGCAGGUGGGUGCCACCACACCUGACUGUGCUCUGCUUUCUCCUCUCCUGGCUCAAGGCAUCUGCCCUGGGGUCUCUAGUCCAAGGCCACACAGUGUGUCCACAGUGGUCAGUUGCCCGUCAUGGCCUGGCUCAGCCAGGGCCAGCUGGGGUCACAGUCAGCCAGGGGCUUGUCACUUCCCGGGAAACUUUGUGGUCCCUGAGUGAAAGCCCAAUCCAGGGAUGGCUUCCCUGGGCUCCUUUCCUCCAGGUUCCUCUGGAGCUGAGGCCUGCAGGCACCUUCCCCACCCCAGCUGGCUUGGGGUCAGUGCCCUCUCGAGAACAAAUGUCAAGGGACCCUGCUGCUCCUCCAGAGGCACCAGAGACACCUGCCUGUGUGAGGGCCAAUGGGCCCCAGGGAGCCCAGGCCCCAUGAUCCAGGGCACAUUGGGAGAAGGGCUCAUGUCCACCACCCGAGUACUCAGGCCAAUGCUCCUGUUCCUCUCACUUCUCUCUGGACACUUUAGGUUGAAUAAAUUGCUCUCUGAAACUCCCA